AUGCCUGAAAUCUGCGAGAUUUUGACGAGCGCCGAAUUGAGAUUCUUCAAAUACGAGCAGGGCAAUAAUAAGGACAAACGUGUACGAUUGCGCGUCGAUCCGAAUGCCCAUAUACUAUUUUGGAGAUUUAAAGAUGUCAUCACUUUCAAGCAGAAAGAGAUUGAUCGCGAAAAAAAUUUCAUUUUUUUGGAUCGAAUUUACGAUGUUCGAGUCGGAAAACCGACAAACAUUAUACUGAAGACGUCGGAGCCAUAUGAGCAGAAUUUUCUGACAAUCGUCAGCGGCACGAAUAUCACUCAUCUUGAGUUCACGCAUUUCGUCUAUUUGAGCAACGAUUCGACGCUUCUCGCCAAAUUCGCCGCCGAGCUGUUCGCGCUGGCGCGACGCGUCAAGUCCGAAGAGCACGGAUUGCUCUAUCAUUUCCGCAAAAUGUUGGCGCCGAAAAUGUACGCGGCGUUCACGCCGAGAUGCAUCGAGGAAGACGUGAUUCACGUGUUCGAUCGACAGAAGCGCAUGACGACGAAGGAGCAACGCGUCGAGAUUGGCAAACUCCUUUCGGCUGCGCACAAAUCGCGUCAAAUCGUCGACAUCGAUGAUCAGAAGCUUGUCAAAAUCAUUUGUGUGCUCACCGGAUUCGAAGGGUCCCGGUUCGAGUCGAUUUUUCGAAAAAUCAGCGAUGAUUCGUCGGUGUCGCGCGCGUCGUUCGGCAAUUGGAUUCGCAAAAAUCAGCACGAUCAUCGUCUCAACGACGCCCGAUUUCAGGCGACGUCCGAUCGAAAAAUCGACAAAAUUUUCGAGUCCUGGAAUUAUCCGAAAGGCAUUCCGAUCAGCUCGCAAAUGUUCGCCCAUUGGCUGAUGUCGGAUGAAUGCGGUGUGGCGGUGAACUCGAAACGGAUGCGUCUCGACGUCACCACGAUGAACGAGCCGAUCAAUCGCUAUUUCAUCGACUCGUCGCACAACACUUAUUGCUCAGGCAACCAAUUGGUCUACGCGCUCGGGCAUUGCGGCGCCGACGUCGAAAUGUACCGUCAGGCGCUGCUCGCCGGCUGCCGUUGCAUCGAGCUCGACGUGUGGGACAACAAGGACAAAGACGAUGGUCCGGUGAUAACGCACGGUCCGACGGCGGUGAUGGGCAUGAACGAGAUCGCGCUCAUCGACGUGUGCGAGGCGAUCAAAGAGUGCGCGUUCAAAUCGUCGCCCUACCCGGUGAUACUGUCGAUCGAGAACCAUUUGGGCCGUCGCCAACAGCACAAAAUGGUCCAGACAUUCCAGCAGGUGUUCGGCGAGACGCUUCUCGCCUCGCCGCUUCCCGACUAUCCGCUCUACGCCGACGACGUCGCCGGCAUUCGCUAUCCGACUCCCGGCGAGUUGAAGCACAAAAUUCUGAUCAAGGCGAAGAAGAAGUUCGAGCGAGGCGUCGAGGGACGCUCACGCGACGACUCAACCGUCGACAUGAGCCAACUGCAACGCGAGCUGUCCGCCGAUGAGCUGCAGCUCAUCGCCGAGUUGUCCGACGAGCAGCGUCGAGCCCAAUUGUGCUCGGUGAGCGAGGAGACGUCGGUGUCGGAGCUGUCGGCGAUGACCAACUACAUGCAGGCCUACGAGGCGAAUCGCGGCGUCUCGAUCGAGAAGAACUUCGAGUUGGCCGCCGUCGAGCCGACGCAUUGCGUUGUGUCGAUCGACGAGAACGUCGCGGCGAGUUGUUUGAAGAAUGGAAGCGUCGAUCGGCUUCAGGCGUUGACAAAACUGAAAAUGGUUCGAGUCUAUCCGAAGGGCUCCAGAAUCACGUCGACUAAUUAUUGUCCGAUGAUUCACUGGCUAGCCGGCGCUCAAAUGGUCGCGCUCAAUAUUCAGACGAAUUGCCCGAAUAUGCAAUUGAACUUUGCCAUGUUUGAGAGGAAUGGCGGUGUCGGAUACAUCCGAAAACCCGACUAUCUUCGAUUCCGCGACAUUCAGUUGACGCCUUAUUUGGAAAUUCCGUUCACAGUGGCGUACACCGUCGAAGUCGAGGUGAUCGCCGCUUAUUUUUUGUCGACAAUCAAUCACGACAAAUAUCGGCGAAAAUCGAUGGUUUCGGUGAAGUUGUUCGAUGUUCCCGACGAGAUUUCGAGAGACGACGGCUGGGGUCAAAGGUCGUUCGACGAGAUUCGCCGGCGAGCCAAAGACGAGAUUUGUUUCGUCACUAAUUAUUCGCGCCAAGUUCAUUGUUUCGAAAAGGUGAUGCUCAACGAUUUGUCGUUCAUCCAAUUCAAUGUUCAAAAUGAGAACAACCAUCUAAUUGCGCAGAGAGUCCUUCAUAUCGACACAAUGAAUAAUGGCUAUCGCUUCGUGACGCUUCGCUCGUCGUCGAAUCAAUGCUUGGGACCCGCGUGUCUGUUGGUCCGCUUCGACAUCUACAUGCACAGCGAUCGAAAGAGCAUCCAGCACCACAAGCAAAUGUACAAUCCGCACGCGUUCGAGCAGGAGAACGACAAAUGGGAGCGGCGAUUCAGCGAUCCAUUUCAGGAGUUCGACGACGCCGAGACCAACGAUUUCCUGCUAGUCGAGGGCACUCGGCGCGGCUCGUCGAGCAUCGACACCGCGCCGCCAACGACACCAACCAAAUCGGCGCCAAAUUUCGCCAAUCACAUCGUCGACAAAAUCGCGUUUUGGCGAAAAAAGGACAAAAGUUGA